UCGUAAAGUUCAAAAAUUUCAGACACUCUAUAUACUAUUUUUUUCAAUAUAUAUAAUUAUCACGUUUUCUCGUUUAAAGUAGCAUAUAUUAUUUAAACAUCUAUCAAGUAUUAAAACUUACGGACUUUUGCCACAAAAGAUUUCGAAAGUACUUUGUUAUAUGCCCCAAUCAUUUCAUAUUUUAUUUCAACGGUGUACAUGUAACUAUUUUUCAAAAAGGAAAUUGCCAUUAGGAGAGAAAGUUAAUUAAAAGUUACCCAAUAGUUAAUAAUUGGGAAUCGAUUUCACGCUAUCCAUACUGCAUCAAAUCGAAUGUAAUGCAGAAACAGGUUACGUUCCCUAAGUGACAUUUCAUCUCAUUGUCAGUUGCUUCUGCUUUAUCUGUUUAAUUGUUUCACUGUUUAUAUUUUUUAUAACACAAAUAUAACAUAAAUGGAAGCUAAGCCAAAAAGUGAACAUCUAUUAGAAUUAAAAGUUAUGAGAUUAACAAGGCCCCUUCUUGCUAGUCCUGUGGUUGUCACUUGUGAUUCAACAGACCUCCCUGGCAAUACUUUAAAUAAUGAGCUGAAGAAUGAUUGUACUAGCUUGCAAGGAAUGGAAACACUUGCAAUAGGGCAAUUCAUGGUUUUACCACAAAGCUUUGGGAACAUUUACUUGGGUGAGAUAUUCUCAAGUUAUCUUUGUGUACAUAAUGGUAGCAGUCAGCAAGUAAAGAAUGUCACUGUUAAGGCAGAUCUACAAACAAGCACCCAAAUUAUUUCUCUUUGCGGUAGUAAUACAGAACUAAAAGAUUUGGCACCUGACCAUACGGUUGAUGAAGUGAUACAUCAUGAAGUGAAAGAAAUAGGGACACACAUAUUAGUAUGCGAAGUGAUUUAUACUCCUGCAAGUUUAGGUAGCACACCACAGUCAUUUAGAAAAUAUUUUAAAUUUCAAGUUGUAAAACCAUUGGACGUUAAAACGAAGUUUUACAAUGCAGAGUCAGACGAAGUGUAUCUUGAAGCACAAAUACAGAAUCUAACAGCAGGGCCUAUAUGUUUAGAAAAAGUUUCACUUGAAUCAUCUCAUUUAUUUAGUGUGUCAACACUAAAUACAAACGAGAAGGGAGAUUCUAUUUACGGAUUAGUGAACAUAUUGGAUACAGAUUGUAGUAGACAGUAUUUGUAUUGCCUAAAACCCCAACUAAGUCUAUUAAAAGAUCCGAAAAUGAUGCAUAAUGCAACUAAUAUAGGGAAAUUGGAUAUAGUGUGGAGGAGUAACUUGGGAGAAAGAGGAAGAUUACAAACAAGUCAGUUACAAAGGAUGGCACCUGAAUAUGGUGAUAUCAGAGUUACUAUGAAAAACAUUCCUCUUACGGUUCAACUUGAGGAAUCUGUAAAUCUGAACUGUCAUAUAAUAAAUACAUCCGAAAGGAGCAUGGACUUGAUGCUAAGUUUGGAAUCGAAUAGUUCAAUAGCAUGGUGUGGAAUAUCUAAUACAACGAUCGGCACGUUAAAACCGGGCGUUUCAAUAGACAUUCCUUUAUGCUUAAUCGCAUUACGUACUGGUAUUAUUACUGUUUCCGGAUUGAAAUUGACCGAUACAUUUCUGAAGAGAGUCUACGAUUACGAUGAUUUAGCACAAAUAUUUGUCAGCCAAACGGACUAGUCGAGGAAUUUAUAAAUUAGUGAAAGUAUAUUUAUUAACUCACUGUACCUUAUAAAAAAAAUGUAUAUUGUACGUUUCUUAAUGUAUUGAGAAUCAUUGAUGUGGAAAGAAAUAAUAUUAUUUUUUACAAAAUAAAUACUUCACAAGUAUGAAUCUAU